AUGAGCGUGACUCAAUUGCUUGGGGGAAACUCCACUAGCGGCAUCACAGCAAAGCCAAAAGGCCGAGAAAGAUAUGCUUUUGAUCGUAACUAUGUUCCUAUUUUAUAUCGAACUCUUGGGUUGUCCGUUCUCUUGUUUGUCGUGUGGGACAAAAGCCCAAACCCAUGGUUCAUAGUCCCAUGCGCUAGUCAACUUCUGCAUCAGAGAAAGAUGGAGAAGCCAUGGCUGUCGUUGAUGUUGAUCAGCAUCCUCUGUUGUCUUGCUCUCUGUAAAGGAAUUGAAUCGCCUGAAUUUGCAGUGAUUCAUGCAGAAUCGGAUUUCGAGGUCAGGCUCUACCCGGAAUCGACUUGGAUGACGGCUUCUGUUCGGGACAUAUCCUUUGAGAAAUCAACCUGGAAUGGCUUUCACAGGCUGUUUCAGUACAUCCAAGGCGCCAAUUUGAACUUUUCUCGGAUCUCAAUGACUGCGCCUGUCCUAACAAGCAUUGUUCCUGGUGCUGGCCCUCUUCACUCAUCGGCUUAUUUUGUCCGGUUCUACUUGCCUGUGAAGUUCCAGGCCACCCCUCCACUCCCUCUCCCUGAACUACACCUGAAACCAGAUAAAUGGGCAGUUAACUGUAUUGCAGUGAGGAAGUUCUCAGGAUAUGCCAGGGAUGAUAACAUUGUUAAAGAGGCAGAGAAACUUGCCAUCAGCCUGAGUAGGUCCCCAUGGGCAAACUUCACUACUUCUGAAAGUAAUUAUGCUUACUCAAUUGCACAAUACAGUUCUCCAUUUCAGAUCUUUGGGCGCAUAAAUGAAAUCUGGGUGGAUGUCAAAAAUUCUGGGUUGGAAGGCUGUGAGUCCGGCAGCGUGUCUACAUACUGAACUACUACUGCCUGUUGAGGGGUCAGAACGAUGUAAAUAUCUGGUUGUAUGUGCAUGAACAAGCUAAUAGAACAUGAUUAUGAUGUAAUUUGAUCCGUCUACCUGUAUGCAUAAUAUUAUAAACAUAAGCUAUGCUGGCCUUCUCAUGA